CCGCCCGCUCCUCACGAGGACGUGGGGUGGCCGCGUGGGGUGGGAUGGUGCCCGGGGCCGCGAUGCCCGGAUCCGGCCCCUGGCGACGGUUGGCAUCAGUGGCUGCGGUGUCUUGGCGCAACCCCGCAGCCGGAGUUUCCUGCACCCGGGGUCGGGGGGAGGGCGCAGAGGCACCCCUGUGUAGGGUAGGCAUCCGGCGCUCGGGUACCCAGAGGUGGCCUCAUGCAGACCCGCCACACUCUCAGCCAGGCGGGAUCAUGGGCUGGGGAGCCGGAGGGAGCUGCACCCCGCGCCCACCCAUCCGCCAACAGACGGCGCAGGAGACGCGCGUGGUCACUGUGGUCUUCCUCGGCCUCCUGCUGGACCUCCUGGCCUUCACUCUGCUCCUGCCCCUGCUGCCAGGGCUGCUGGAGAGCCACGGCCGUGCCCACGACCCCCUCUACGGCUCGUGGCAGCGAGGUGUGGACUGGUUUGCCGCAGCGAUCAGGAUGCCAGCCGAGAAGAGGUACAACAGUGUCUUGUUCGGAGGUCUGAUUGGCUCGGUCUUCUCCUUCCUGCAGUUCCUCUUGGCACCGCUCACGGGGGCGGCCUCGGACUGUCUGGGGAGGCGCCCGGUGAUGCUGCUGUCCCUGGCAGGUCUGGCCACCUCGUACGCUGUGUGGGCUGCUUCGAGGAGCUUCGCAGCCUUCCUGGCCUCCAGGGUGAUUGGGGGCAUCAGCAAGGGGAACGUCAGCCUCUCCACCGCCAUCAUAGCUGACCUGGGCUCACCUUCCGCCCGCGGCCGAGGCAUGGCAGUCAUCGGGGUGGCCUUCUCCCUGGGCUUCACCCUGGGCCCCAUGCUGGGUGCCUCCCUGCCCGCGGAGACGGUACCCUGGCUCGCCCUGCUCUUCGCUGCCUCCGACCUGCUGUUUAUUUUCUGCUUCCUGCUGGAGACCCUGCCCCCAGAGAAGCGGGCACCCUCCAUCACCCCGGGGUUUCGAGCCGCUGUGGAUCUGCUCAGCCCCCUGGCCCUGCUCCGUUUCUCGGCCGUGGCCCGCAGCCAGGAUCCACCUGCUGGAGACAGACUUGGGAGCCUUCGCCGCCUGGGCCUGGUGUAUUUCCUCUACCUCUUCCUGUUCUCGGGCCUGGAGUACACCCUGAGCUUCCUUGCCCACCAGCGCUUCCAGUUCAGCAGCCUGCAGCAAGGAAAGAUGUUUUUCUUCAUCGGCCUCACCAUGGCCACCGUGCAGGGUGCCUACGCGCGGAGGAUCAGCCCUGGCAGGGAGAUUGCAGCUGUGAAGCGGGCUAUCUUGCUGCUCGUGCCCGCCUUCCUCCUCAUCGGCUGGGGGCUCACGCUGCCUGUGCUGGGCUUGGGGUUGCUGCUGUACUCCUUCGCUGCCGCGGUCGUGGUGCCCUGCCUGUCCUCUGUGGUUGCCAACUAUGGCUCGCCAGGGCAGAAGGGCACGAUCAUGGGCACCCUGCGGAGCCUGGGCGCCCUGGCCAGGGCGGUGGGACCCAUGGUGGCUGCCUCAGUGUACUGGCUGGCGGGGGCCAGGGUCUGCUUCACCAUGUGCUCCGGCCUCUUCCUGCUCCCCUUCCUGCUCCUGUGGAAUCUGAGGCCUCCAGCCCACGCGCUCAAGGCCGAGUAGCCGAGCCAGCCCCGCCCCGAGGGGGGG